GCAACAAUUACGUAAUAUUUUUUAAUGAUGAUAUAUUCUAGAUCGAUUACUACAAUGAUUUGAAAGAAGAAAUACGAAAAUUGAACGAUUUCAAAAUAAUAAACAACUGGUUAAAAGUUGAUUUGAGCCACUUUAAAGAAAUGCUCAUAAAUUUAGUAGAAAAAUGGAGCAUGUUAUUCAAACAAUAUCUCAUCGAUCAAGUUAAUAAUAGUUUGGCUGAAUUGAAAGAAUUUAUCAUCGAUGCGGAGAAAGGUCUAAUGCAACCUUUGGACGAAGGAGAAUACGGAAAUUUAAUCAAAGUUAUGAGUUAUUUGGUCAAUGUGCGAGAUCGAGCUCCGGAUACUGAUUUUAUGUUCGAACCGCUGCAAGAAAUUGUUGAUCUUCUCGUAUCUUAUGAUAUUGAAUUUCAUGAGGAAACCUAUCGUCUUAUGCAGGUAUAGGUACCUAUUUAAAAAUAAGAAAGAACAUCCUACCUAUAUCAAGAUAAUGCCUUAACACCUAAACUAACAUACUCUGCCUGAUUGGAAAUUGAUGAGUAAUUUUUUCUAAAUCACCUAUGCAGGAAUUACCUGAUCGUUGGAAUAAUACUAAACGUCUCUGCGUUUCGGCUAAAUCAGCCGCAGCUCCAUUCAUUCAAGCUGAAGUGAAUAUAAUCAGAAAAAGAAUUGUGCUAUUUGAUAUCAAACAAACAGUGUACAAAGAUGUUUACAAAAACAAAACGUUUUUCAAGUGGGAUUGCGAACAUCCGUACAAAGAAAUUGAUAAAACGAACGAAGAAAUUUUUCAAAUGGAGAACACGCUGUUUAAAUUAUCCGAACAAGCCAAUUUAUUCGAAAUAGCCCAAGUUGAUUUUAAAACGAUGCAGACGUUAAGGAAAGAUUUGAAAUUAGCAAAGGUAUUAUGGGAUUACAUAUUUUUGGUGAAUUCGUGGUUCAAUGACUGGAAAGAAACACAGUGGAAAGAAAUCAAUUCAGAAAUGGUGGACAUUGAAUUGAAAAAAUUCUCCAGAGAAAUAAAAACUCUUGACAAAGAUGUUAAAGAAUGGGAAAUAUAUUUAAACUUGGAAACCAUGAUCAAAGACAUGAUUACAGCUCUUCGAGCAAUUACAGAACUGCAAAAUCCGGCUAUACGACAACGGCACUGGGAUCAGCUGAUGAUCGCAACUAAUGAAAAUUUCGAAAUUAGAGACACCACUACGUUAACCGAUCUGCUCGAAUUGAAUUUACAUCAAUACGAAGAAGAAGUCAAAACCAUUGUUGAUAAGUCAGUUAAAGAAAUGUCGAUGGAAAAAUCACUCAAAGAAUUUGCAGCUGUUUGGUCAAAUAUGGAAUUUAAGUACGAGAUGCAUCCUUGUUUGAACAUACAGUUGUUGAAAUGUAGCGAAGAUGUCAUCGAGAAAUUAGAAGAUAAUCAAAUUCAGCUGCAAAACAUGAUGAGUUCAAAAUUCAUCUCUUAUUUUUUGGAAGAAGUUUCCGAAUGGCAACAAACACUAGCGAAUGCAGAUCAAUUAAUUAACAUUUGGUUGGAAGUACAACGAACUUGGUUAUAUCUUCAAUCCAUUUUUGUCGGAAGUGAUGAUAUUUGUAAUCAAUUUCCAGAGGAUUCUACCAGAUUUCAUCGAAUCGAUUCCGAAUUUAGGACAUUAUUAGAAAAAAUGCUGGAAAAUCCCAACAUCCUGCAAGCUUCGAAAAUACCCAAAUUGUACGAAAACUUGGAAAUAUUACAAAUAGAACUGACAAAAUGCGAAAAAGCUCUGUCAAAAUUCUUGGAAACGAAACGUUUGAUUUAUCCUCGUUUUUAUUUCAUUUCACCGGUCGAUCUUCUGGAUAUUUUAGCCAAUGGCAAUCAGCCAGAAAUGGUUUCAAGGCAUUUGACAAAAUUAUACGAUUCUAUAGCUAAAUUAAAAUUCUCUUCUGAUCUUGAUCAACGACACAUUGCCCGAGGAAUGUUUGCCAAAGAUGGCGAAUACGUCGAAUUUGUAGAAAAAUGCGAAUGCAUUGGACAUGUGGAAAAAUGGCUAAACAAUGUAACGAAAUGUAUGAAAGAAACCGGUAGGAAGUAUUUGGCUGAUGCUGUGUUGGCCUACGAUGAAAAACCCAGAGAGCAAUGGUUAUUCGAUUAUCCGGCUCAGACAGCUUUAUGUGCGACUCAAAUAUGGUGGACGAGUGAAGUAAACAUGGCAUUUACUCAAAUCGAGGAAGGUUAUGAAAAUGCUUUGAAAGAUUACAACAAAAAACAAAUUACUCAACUCAAUCAAUUGAUAUCACUUUUGCUCAGCGAUUUAUCAGCAGGUGAUCGUCAGAAGAUCAUGACAAUUUGCACGAUUGAUGUGCAUUCUAGAGAUGUUGUUUCGAGGCUGAUUUCUGAAAAUAUUGAGACUGGAUCAGCGUUUCAAUGGCAAUCACAACUUCGACAUAGAUGGGAUACAACAAAAAAUGAUUGUUUUGCAAAUAUCUGCGAUGCGGAAUUCCGUUACAAUCAUGAAUAUUUAGGAAACACUUCACGUUUAGUGAUAACACCUUUGACAGAUCGAUGCUACAUUACGUUAACUCAGUCACUACACUUGAUAAUGGGUGGUGCUGCAGCUGGACCUGCUGGCACUGGUAAGACUGAAACCACCAAAGAUUUAGGAAAAGCUUUAGGCAUGAUGGUUUAUGUUUUCAACUGUUCAGAGCAAAUGGACUACAAAUCUUGCUGGAAUAUAUACAAAGGUUUGGCUCAAACCGGUUCUUGGGGAUGUUUCGAUGAAUUCAAUAGAAUCGCAGUCGAAGUUCUAUCAGUUGUUGCUGUACAAGUCAAAUGUAUACUUGACGCUUUGAAAUGUAAAAAGACAGAAUUCAACUUUCUCGGUGAGAACAUUUCUCUAGUUCCAACAGUCGGAAUGUUUAUUACAAUGAAUCCAGGGUACGAAGGCAGAACAGAACUGCCAGAAAAUCUGAAAACUUUAUACAGACCUUGCGCUAUGAUAGUGCCAGACUUCGAAUUGAUAUGCGAAAUAAUGCUGAUAACCGAAGGAUUUCAAAAUGCAAGAAUCUUGGCUAGAAAAUUCAUCACUUUGUAUUCUCUAUGCAAAGAAUUACUAUCGAAGCAAGACCAUUACGAUUGGGGUUUAAGAGCCAUAAAAUCUUUACUCGUGAUGGCAGGCUCAUUGAAGGAAAAAUUUUUCUAUAUUUAGAGGGAGGAUCCCAAGAGACCGGAGGAAGAAAUAUUAAUGCGAGCAUUACGAGACUUCAAUGUACCUAAAAUAGUAACCGACGAUGUUCCUAUAUUCAUGAGCCUUAUACAGGAUCUAUUUCCUAUGCUCGAUGUACCUCGAAAACAAGAUAUGAAUUUUGAAAGUCAAGCCAAAAUGGCUGCCGUUGAUUUGAAAUUGCAACCUGAAGAUAAUUUCAUUUUAAAAGUCGUUCAAUUGAAGGAAUUGCUCAACGUCAGGCAUUCAGUAUUCAUCGUUGGUAAUGCUGGCAGUGGUAAAACUCAGAUUUGGAAAACACUGCAUAGAACUUACGUGAAUGCGAAGAUGAAACCUUAUUAUAACGUUAUUGAACCAAAAGCUGUGACUACCGAUGAGUUAUUUGGUAUCAUUAACCCAGCCACCAGAGAAUGGAAAGAUGGGCUAUUCUCUACUUUAAUUCGAGAGCAAACUUUGAUGAGCGGAUCUGGACCAAAAUGGAUGAUAAUGGAUGGAGAUAUAGAUCCAAUGUGGAUUGAAUCCCUAAAUACCGUCAUGGACGACAAUAAAGUUUUGACUUUAGCCAGCAACGAACGAAUCUACCUAACACCGAAUAUGUGGCUAAUAUUUGAAAUAUCCAACUUACAUUCAGCAACACCCGCCACCGUAUCCAGAGCUGGUAUUUUAUUCAUCAAUUCGCAAGACCUAGGAUGGAGUCCUUACGUCACUAGUUGGAUAGAAACUCGUACAAACGAAUCUGAAAAAGCAAACUUGACCGUAUUAUUCGAUAAAUACGUCCCCUCUGUUGUCGAAGUUUAUAGGACAAAAUUCAAAAAAAUUAUUCCAAUACCGGAAAUCACCUGCGUUCAGAUGCUUUGCUCUUUGUUAGAAUGUCUAUUUAUUCCUUCAAAUGUUCCUAGAGAUUGUCCGAAAGAAUGGUACGAGAUUUAUUUCGUGUUUGCUUGCGUUUGGGCAUUCGGUUCAGCUUUGUACCAGGAUCAGUUGAUCGAUUACCGAAGCGAAUUCACUAAAUGGUGGACCAACGAAUUCAAAACGGUGAAAUUUCCACCCACCGGAUUACUUUUCAAUUAUUAUGUAGAUCCUAAAACGAAAAAAUUCCUUCCAUGGUCGGAUAAAGUCGGUAGAUUUGAACUGGAUCCUGAUAUACCAUUAACUACUUCACUCGUAAGCACCACAGAAACAGCAAAAAUUCAAUAUUUUCUAAAUUUAUUGAUAUCUAAGAAAAAUCCAGUCAUGUUGGUAGGCGGUUCUGGCUACGGGAAGACUGUGCUGAUGUCUCAUAAGCUCUCGAAUUUAUCAGAUAUCGAGUACAGAGUUACGAAUAUAUCGUUAAACUAUUAUUCAACAUCCGAGACGUUGCAAAAAGUAUUGGAAAAACCAUUGGAAAAGAAAGCAGGACGAAAUUACGGUCCUACUGGAAAUAAAACCAUGGUGUACUUUAUAGAUGAUCUGAAUGCUCCACAAGUGGACAGAUAUGGUACAGUACAACCUCAUACUUUGAUCAGACAACACCUGAACUAUAAACAAUGGUAUGAUCGAUCCAAGUUAACCCUCAAGGAUAUCCAUAAUAUCAUGUUUGUCUCUUGUAUGAAUCCCACGUCCGGUAAUUCGACAAUUGACCAAAGAUUACAAAGAUUUUUCUACAUUUUUGCGUUAAGCCCUCCAAGUACAGAAAUACUUCAUUCCAUAUACAACUCGAUUUUGACUCAACAUUUGAAGAAUUCCGGGUACACGUUUCCCAUCCAAGUUAUUCGAUCUUCAGAUCUGCUGGUACAGUUGACUUUGGCCACUCAUUUGAAAAUAACUCAGACUUUUCUGCCAACAGCGACUAAAUUUCAUUACGUAUUUAAUCUGAAAGAUUUGACCAACUUAUUCCAAGGACUUCUAUUUGCCAAUCACGAAUGUGUUGUAAAUCCUGGAAAACUGGUACGAUUAUGGAUCCACGAAGCCUAUCGCGUUUAUUCGGAUAAAUUGGUUGAUCAAAAAGACAAGGACACGUUUUCAAAACUUUUGAUUGAAAAUGUCAAAAAGGUUUUCCCAGAAAUUCCCGAAUCAGACUACAAUGAAAAGCCAUUGAUCUAUUGUCAUUUUGCUGAUGGUAUCGGUAAUUUGAAGUAUUUACCAAUCAAUUCGUGGUCCAAGCUGCAUAAAUUAUUAAACGAAGCUCUCCAUAAUUAUAACGAGUUGGUGGGAUCGAUGAAUUUGGUAUUUUUCGAAGAUGCCAUGGCUCAUAUUUGCAGAAUAAAUCGAAUACUAGAAACUCCAAGAGGUAAUGUAAUCUUAGUAGGUGUAGGAGGUAGUGGAAAACAAUCUUUGGCUCGUCUGGCAGCUUUUAUAUCUUCAAUGGAGACAUUUCAAAUACAAUUGAAGAAAGGAUACAGCAUUUCCAAUAUCAAAGUUGAUUUCGCUCAAUUAUACAUUAAAGCUGGACUCAAGAGUAUAAGUUCAGUUUUUCUAAUGACCGAUGCACAGAUUUCCGAUGAAAAAUUUCUCGUCCCAGUAAACGAUUUUCUAGCUUGCGGAGAAAUCCCAGAAUUAUUUUCCGACGACGAAGUUACCAAUAUAAUCAACACCGUUAGACCAGAGGUCAAAAGCACAGGUAUAGCAGAUACCAGAGAAAACUGCUGGAAAUUUUUCAUCGAACGGGUCAGAAAGUACUUGAAAAUUGUGCUAUGUUUCUCACCAGUUGGACCAACGUUUAGAAACAGAGCUCGAAAAUUUCCAGCAAUUAUAAAUAAUACUUACAUAGAUUGGUUUCAAGAAUGGCCUCAAGAAGCCCUCGAAUCUGUUUCUUUGAAAUUUCUCAAUAAGCUCGACGUUUUACCUAGCGAAUUACGAAAACCAGUAUCAUUAUUUAUGACAAACGUGCACAUGUCUGUUGGUACAAUUUCCACCAAAUAUCGAGUCAAUGACCGACGAUAUAAUUACACGACGCCGAAAAGCUUCUUAGAGCAAUUACACCUGUACGAGAAGUUAUUAAGACAAAAAAAUAAUGAAAAUAAAGCCAACAUCGAACGAUUCCAAAAUGGAAUUCAAAGACUCGUCAGAUGUGCUGAACAAGUCGACGAAUUAAAAAUCAGUUUGGCAGAACAAGAGAUCGUUCUGGCAGAAAAGAAAGAAAAAACCGAGGAACUCAUUAAAAUAAUCGAAAAAGAAACUGUUAAAACGAAACGAGAAAAAACCUUGGCUGCUGAUGAAGAAAGAAAAGUUCGUAUUAUAGAAGAAGAUGUAGCAGUGAAACAGAAAAUGUGCGAAGAAGAUUUAAGAAAUGCUGAGCCCAUGUUGGUGGCAGCUAAACAGGCGCUAAAUAUUUUAAAUAAAAGCAAUCUAACAGAAUUGAAAUCUUUCGGCAGCCCUCCAGCUAUUGUCGCAAAUGUCACCGCAGCUGUCAUGGUAUUAUUGGCGAAAAAAGGGAAAAUACCAAAAGAUCGAAGCUGGAAGGCUUGCAAAAUCAUGAUGGCGAAGCUGGAUGGUUUUCUCGACACACUGAUAAACUACAGCGUUGAAAAUAUUAAUCCGGAAGUUGUCAAAAGUAUUCAGCCAUAUUUGAAAAACCCAGAAUUCAACCCAGAUCUCGUGCGAAUGAAAUCUUCUGCAGCUGCAGGCCUUUGCGAAUGGGUUAUCAACAUCAUGAAGUAUUACGAAAUUUGGACAAUCGUGGAACCCAAACGAAAAGCUUUAAGUCAAGCAACUUUAGAAUACACAGCAGCUGCAAAUAAAUUGACCACACUUAAUGAAAAAAUCCAAGCUCUAGAAGGUACACUACAGCAACUGAAUGAAAAAUUAGAAGAUGCGAACAACGACAAAGAAAACUGUGUACAGCAAAAAGAAGAAACGUCAGAGAAAAUAAACCUAGCAAAUAGAUUAGUGAAAGGCUUAGCAUCUGAAAGUGUUCGCUGGAGGGAGAGUAUAACCAAUUUGGAGAAAGCAGCUUUAACAUUACCAGGUGAUAUACUUCUCGUAUCAGCUUACAUAUCAUACGUUGGAUGCUUCACGAAAACUUACAGGAACGAAUUGUUACACAAGUAUUGGUUGCCAUUCUUGAGAAAGCUCAAGCCUGAAAUUCCCAUCUCAUGCGAAGAUGAUUUUUUACCAGUACUGGCUGAUGAAGCUCAAGUUGCUUCAUGGAACAACGAAGCACUUCCAAAUGAUAGGAUGUCGGCGGAAAAUGCCAUGAUAUUGACUCAUUCAGAAAGAUGGCCUUUGAUGAUUGAUCCACAGCUUCAAGGCAUUCGUUGGAUUAAAACAAGAUAUGGUAGGGAUCUGAACGUUGUGAAGCAGAAUCAAGACAACGCGAUAGAUAUAAUCGAACACUGUGUCUCAGAAGGACGCACGUUAUUAUUUGAAAAUAUCGAAGAACACAUAGAUCCUAUUUUUGAUAAUUUGAUUGGCAGGAAUUUACUGAAGAAAGGAAGGACGAUGAAAUUGGAUGAAAAAGAGAUCGAUUUUGAUCCAAAAUUUCGACUCAUUCUACAUACAAAGUUAGGCAACCCGCAUUACAAACCAGAAAUCCAAGCUCAAACAACACUUAUCAAUUUCACAGUUACUAAAGAUGGGCUAGAGGAUCAAUUAUUGGCCGAAGUAAUGAAAGCCGAGAGACCAGACUUGGAACAACACAAAUCUAAUUUAACAAAAGAACAAAACGAUUACAAAAUUAAAUUAAAAUCACUCGAGGAUGAAUUACUAGAACAACUUUCAUCAGCUGAAGGGGAUGUGUUACGCGAUAAACGACUGGUUGAAAAUUUGGAAUCGUCUAAAAAAAUGGCUAUUGAAAUUGUCGAAAAAGUGUCCGAAUCGAGAAUGGCUUCCAUAAAAAUUGACGAAGCUAGAGAACAGUUUCGAUCUGUAGCUACAAGAGCUUCGAUAUUAUACUUCAUUAUGAACGAUUUGCAUAAAAUUAAUCCGAUUUAUCAAUUUUCAUUGAAAUCUUUCAGCGGAGUUUUUCAAAAUGCAAUUGUAAACACUGAACAGAGUAACGAUUUACAAAUCCAUAUUCACGAUUUAAUUGACGCAGUUUCUUACGAUACAUUCACUUAUAUCAAUAUGGGACUUUUUCAAGCUGACAGAUUGACGUUUCUUUUAUUGAUGACCAUACAAAUACUAUCACACGCUAACGAAAUAAACGCCGAAGAGUUGGAUUUUUUGUUGAGAUUUCCCACAAUGACCAGCAUAACAAGCCCCGUUGAUUUUCUUACUAAUCAACUAUGGGGUGGUAUUAAAAAUAUAUCAAUGAUGGAUGAAUUCAGAGGUCUAGAUAAAGAUAUUGAAGGUUCAGCCAAACGAUGGAAAAAGUUUGUCGAAGGCGAAACACCUGAAAGGGAAAAACUACCUCAAGAAUGGAAAAAUAAAACCGGUUUACAGAAACUAUGCAUCAUUCGAGCUCUCAGACCAGAUCGAAUGAGUCACGCUAUCAAAUGCUUCGUUGAAGAAAAACUUGGAGUGAAAUAUGUAGAACCCAGAAGCGUAGAUUUUGCCGAAAUUUUCAAAAAAAUGGAUCCCACAACCCCCAUAUUUUUCAUUCUAUCACCAGGAGUUGAUCCCACUAGAGAAGUUGAAGCACUUGGAUUGGUAUUAGGUUAUUCUACAGAAAACGAAAAUUUUCACAACAUAUCGCUAGGACAGGGUCAAGAAACUUUGGCAGAAUUGGCUAUUGAAAAAAGCUAUAAAGAAGGUCAUUGGGUCAUGUUACAGAAUAUUCAUCUGGUGAAGAGUUGGUUGCCAAUACUGGAUAAAAAAUUGGAAAUUUCGUUCGAAAAUCCACAUUCCAACUAUAGAUUAUUUAUGAGCGCAGAAUCAGCCAAUACACCACAACUGCACGUCAUUCCUCAAGGUAUUUUGGAAUCAUCGAUAAAAAUCACUAACGAACCCCCAACGGGGAUACUUGCAAAUUUGCACAAAGCUUUGGACAAUUUUGACCAAGAAACGCUAGAAACCUGUUCCAAAGAAGUAGAAUUCAAGACGAUACUUUUUGCACUCUGUUAUUUCCACGCAUGUAUUGCAGAAAGACGUAAAUUUGGUCCACAAGGAUGGAAUCAAUUGUAUCCUUUCAACGUCGGGGAUUUAAUCAUCAGCGUACAUGUUCUAUACAACUAUUUAGAAUCCAGUUUUAAAAUUCCAUGGGAAGAUCUACGAUUUUUAUUCGGAGAAAUUAUGUACGGUGGCCAUAUUACCGAUGAUUGGGAUAGAAAGCUUUGUCGUACAUAUUUACAAGAGUUUCUAAAUCCACAAUUGCUGGAAGGUGAAACCAAAUUAGCUCCCGGGUUUCCAGCACCCCCGAACAUGGAUUAUCAAAAUUAUCACAAAUACAUAGAAGAAAUGUUACCACCAGAAAGUCCAAUAUUGUACGGACUCAAUCCCAACGCUGAAAUAGGAUUUUUGACCAACCAAGCUGAAAACUUAUUCAAAAUGAUUUUGGAACUUCAGCCACGAGAUUUCAGUUCUUCUGGUAUUUAUGGAAUGAGCAGGGAUGAUAAAGUACGACAAACUAUAGAUGAAAUUUUAGAUAAAAUUCCCGAUGAAUUUAAUAUACAAGAUAUGGCCAUCAGAGCUGAAGAAAGAACUCCAUAUACCACAGUUGUAUUCCAAGAAUGUGAAAGAAUGAAUGGCUUAAUGGCUGAAAUCAAAAGUUCACUAAUUAAACUUAAUUUGGGACUAAAGGGAGAACUAACCAUUACACCAGAAAUGGAAGAAAUAGAAGAAUCCGUAUACCUCGAUAAAGUUCCAAAAACGUGGGAAAUCAAAGCAUACCCUUCUCUGCUCGGUUUAUCAGCUUGGUUUUCUGAUCUACUUUGUCGUCUGAAAGAAUUAGAAUCGUGGGUGGCUGAUUUCUGCUUACCAUCAUCUGUAUGGUUGGGAGGAUUAUUUAACCCACAAGCUUUUUUAACAGCUGUAAUGCAAAGUGCUGCACAUAAAAACGAAUGGCCUCUGGAUAAAAUGACUCUACAUUGCGAAGUAACCAAAAAGCAAAAAGAUGAAUUCUCAACUGCUCCACGUGAUGGUGUUUACAUAAAUGGAUUAUACAUGGAAGGAGCUCGAUGGGAUGUGGAAAGCGGUUACAUCACGGAUUCAAAACUGAAAGAAUUAUUUUUCCCAAUGCCUGUUAUCUAUAUCAAGGGUAUUACUGUCGAUAAACACGACAUGAGAAAUAUGUACGAAUGUCCCAUAUACAGGACGAGGCAAAGAGGACUCACUUACAUCUCUUCUUUCAACUUGAAAACCAAAGAGAAACCAUCGAAAUGGAUCAUCGCUGGGGCUGCUUUGUUGUUAUCGAUUUAAAAUACGCACGCAUGUACUAUUGAUUGGAAAUGCUAGUUAAAUAAAAAUACAUUACAC